AUGAACGAUUUUAGUACGAAACUAGUCAUGGAAAUGAUGAAACAAUUACUUCAACAAAAUUCAAUGGACGAAAUAUGUGGCCCAAUAACAAGUCUUCCUGUUAUCCAACCUCCUCCACAACAAUUCUUAUUGCCGAAUCAAUUAUCCUUUCCACAACCUUCCAAUAACAUUUCCAAUAACUAUUGUAUUCAAACAUCUUCCAUGUUAUCCCACCAAACAUGCACGAGCUCAUCUUCCAACAUCUCUACAAACACUGAUCAAAACUAUUCGAAACCUUAUUCGAGUCAUUCCACUACAUUAAUUUCUCCACCUACAACAAACAAUUUCUCCACUCCAAUAUUCAGUAAUUCCAAUUUUGAACAAAUUUUGAACUGCAUCGAAUCGAAUCGUUUAAAAAGUACCUUGAAAUAUAUUUCCAAUUCAGAAGAUGCAUUGAAUAAUCAGUUAAUGAUUGCUCAACUGGUUGAUUUGAUUGAUCAGAUUAUCUAUUUGAAUUCUUUAAAUUCGAAUUUGAAACAUGAGACUAAACCUGAAAAUCAUGAAUCGAAUAUUCCUGUUAAGGAAGAAUUUUGUAACACAGUUCAUAUGGCUGUUAAGGAGGGACAUCACUCUGAUUCCUCCCAUUCUUCGUUGCUUUCGAAUAAGAUUUCAGACUCUAAUAAUGAGAGCACCAAGAAGAGAAAGAGAAUUGACGAAGCGCCGACCACAACAGAACAAUCCGCUACAAUACAACAGAGUAAUCACGAAGAAAUCCAUCAGAAACGAAAGAUAUCAAAACAAACUCUCUCAGAAAACCAUUCAGAUAUACAUUCUAAUAGUUUAAUAACUCCUUUAAAAACUAACAAUAACAACAAUAAGGAAUUGCUACUGAAUCAGUUUUGUAACUAUACUGUGGACACCCUCAAGAAGAAACUAACUAACACGGAGAAACGAGGAAGAGGAAGACCAAGAAAACAACCAGACGAAACUUUACAAUCUCAAAAUCAAUCAUCGACAAAUUCAUUUUACAUGAAAAGCGCUUUUCAUCAUGUACAUUUUAAUAAACAAUAA